UAUGGAAAAUUAGUUUCUUUAGAGAGUGAUACGACAACAGAAGGCUUGUGGGAAGCAGUGCAAAUACUUGAUUUGGAAGAUUAAGAACUUGACCGUGAAUGCAAACUCUCUUGUCGGUUUGUCAACCCUGAAUUUCUUACAUGCUCCAAAAGGAAUCGUGUAAAGGCGUCCUCAUUUGAGGAAAGGAAAGGGGCAGAAAGAUGAAAGUGGGGAAUCCUAAGCUUGAUAAGGGCAACAGUAAAGAUGACAUAAGCAUUGUCCCCCUGGAAAGACCCAAAGCAUCGCAGGGUGGGGUCAAUGACUUGAAAUAAGAUGAAAUAAAUGAAAAAAAAAAACAACAUCAAGCCUCAUACUCUCCAUUUAUUUCUCUUCUCUAAGUUUGAUCCAACUCUUCAAACCAUACCGUAUUUCUUUUAAGCCUUUGCAUUCCUUUCAACUUUCCUUUGACGCUCUACCUAAUUGUGGAUUACAGAUCAGAAAUGAUUUUCCAAAGAGAAGAAGCACCUGAAGCUGGAAGUAUAUCUACAAAACAACAAAGCGAGCUAGGAAUUAAUGAUGAUAGCAAUGAAGCAAUUGAAGAGGAGAAUCCAGGAGAGUGGUUGAACCUGAGAAUAGGUGGGAAUUCACUAUCAUCAACAGCUGGAGACUCUGACCCCCAAUCAAGACCAGUUUCUGCCAAGGUUUUCUCAUGCAACUUUUGCAUGAGGAAGUUCUACAGUUCCCAAGCCUUGGGUGGCCACCAGAACGCCCACAAAAGGGAGAGAGGUGCAGCCAGGAGAUACCAAUCCCAGAGGAUGAUGUCAAUGAUGGGUUUGCCAAUAAGUAGUCACGUGGUUAGAUCGCUUGGCGCCCGACCCCAUUCCCUGGUGCACAAAACAAGCAGAGAUGGAGCUGCAAGUGUGGGAAGAUUUAAUGAUACUUAUACAGGUUUUGGAAUGGCAGCGAUGCACUGUACGGUAGAUGAUGCAAUGGAUUUGAUGUGGCCAGGAAGCUUCCGCUUGGAUCCUCAACUACCCAAACCACCAUCAGACCCAUCCAAGCUCGACUUGAAUCUUCGACUCUAAUCCAUCUGCUCUCCUUUGUCCGAGUUUGGAAGUCUGUUUUAGUACUAUCUCCUAUCUUGGAAACAGUUCCUUGACUUGUUCAUCCAUCGCGUACAGAUACUAACUCAGUUAGAGAGUCAGAGCUGCGGCUCUGCCUAGAAACCAGAAGAAACGACAAGGAUAUCCUUUCCCUGUCCAUCGGUAUUUAGUUAGUAGUAUGUUUAUUUCUUUUUCUGCUUCCAGCUUCUUCAAAGUGCAAGAUCACCCCAAUAGACUGUGGGUUCUUCUUUUUUUUCUUGUAUCACUUGACAAGAACCAUAGAAUUAAAAUAUCCCUUUAAUUUCAUUUCUUUCUAAUUUCUCCAUGCCUAUAUAAAUUCUGAUGUUUCAUACUAA